AUGGAAGGCAAAGUCAUUGCUAUCACUGGCGCCGCGUCCGGCAUGGGCCUCGAGACGGCCAAGCUGCUUGCGUCCAAGGGCGCCAAGGUCUCGCUGGCAGACGUGCAGGAGGCGGCCCUCGAUCAGGCCGUCAAGGACAUUACAGCUGCUGGCGGCCUGGCCCUGGGCCGCGUGGUGGACGUGCGCAACAGGCAGCACGUGGAGGACUGGAUCAAGGCGACGGUCGAGGCGUUUGGCAAGCUGGAUGGCGCGGCCAAUCUGGCGGGCGUCAUUGGUAAGCACAUCAACAUCACGCCGCUGCAAGACAUUGAUGACGACGACUGGGACUUUGUGGUGGGCGUUAACCAAAAGGGCCUACUCAACUGCCUGCGCGCCCAGAUCCCGCACUUCAACGACGGCGGCUCGAUUGUCAACGCCGCCAGCGUCGCCGGCAUCAUUGGCUUUCCCCGCAACGCGUCGUAUGUGGCGUCCAAGCACGCCGUCGUCGGACUGACGCGUGUCGCCGCCAAGGAGCUCGGCAAGCGCCAGAUUCGUUGCAACUGUUUCUGCCCUGGCCCUAUCGAUACCCCCAUGUUCCGCCAGUCGGCUGGCAUCCGCGGUAGCGAGAUGGACCUCAGCCACAUUGCGCUGGGCCGCAAGGGCCAGCCCAGCGAGGUCGCAAACCUGGUGGAGUGGCUGCUGUCGGACGGCUCGUCAUUUAUCACCGGCACUGUCCAGAACAUUGAUGGCGGCUGGGUGUGUUAA